GCCCGCGAGCUGUUUUUGUACACUCUGCUAUACAGAACAGUUUUGUGUCGCGCGGGCCUUAAAUUAGUAGCUUUUUCUACAUUCUUUUCAAAAGAUGCUCGCUCACGGAAUCAAAACAAUCAAACGAAGAACAAGAAUUCUCACGAAACUCUUGCCUCUAAUCAAACUCGGAUAGAAUUCAAAUCAAGAAACUUCCACGUAGUUUGAAGGGUGUAUUUGUGAUUUUAUUUCAUUACUAUCGCUCUCGAACGUUUACAAGACCAAGCUCGCGCCAGGCUGAUGAAUUCGCCGAACCAGGACGAAGAUGAUGUGCCGGUUAAAGACCCGGUGAAAUACGGCGAGCUGGUCCUACUGGGGUACAAUGGCUCUCUGCCCAGUGGAGACCGGGGGAGGAGGAAGAGCCGCUUCGCUCUGUACCGGAGGACCAAGGCCAAUGGAGUCAAACCCAGCACUGUUCACAUCCUCAACACACCACAGGACAGCAAGGCAGUCCACAGCAGGGGGCAGCACAGCAUCUCCUUCACUCUGUCCCGCAACCAGACAGUGGUGGUGGAGUACUGCCACGACAACGACACUGACAUGUUUCAGAUUGGGCGCUCCACAGAGUGUCCAAUAGACUUUGUCGUGACGGACACAUCAGGAGAGGGGAAGGAGUGCGAGGACCCCUCAGUGGCCCCCAGCACCAUCUCCCGCUUCGCCUGCAGGGUGGUGUGUGAACGCAACCCCCCCUACACUGCACGCAUCUACGCUGCUGGCUUUGACUCCUCCAAAAACAUCUUUCUAGGGGAGAAAGCCACUAAGUGGAAGAACCCGGACGGCCACAUGGAUGGCUUGACCACCAACGGGGUGCUGGUGAUGCACCCUGAGGGUUUCCCUGAGGACAACAGACAGGGCCUGUGGAGGGAGAUUUCUGUUUGUGGGGACGUCUACGCCCUCCGAGAGACACGCUCUGGACCCAGCCGAGGCAAACUGGCGGAGGGAGAAAGCAGUGCCUUGCGGGAUGGUUCUCUAGUGGACCUGUGUGGAGCCACUCUGCUGUGGCGUACUGGGGAGGGCCUGCUCCACGCUCCCACCCUCCGCCACCUGGAGGCACUGCGACAGGAGCUCAACGCUGCCCGGCCACAGUGUCCUGUAGGCCUCAGUACUCUGGCAUUCCCUAGCCUGCCACGCAGCCACAGUUUUCCUUUUCUCCCCAGUCUGGAGGAGCGCCAGCCCUGGGUUUACCUCACCUGCGGACACGUACACGGCCGCCACGACUGGGGCCAGCGCCCCGAGCGCCGGGAGGCGAGAGGAGGAGGAGGAGGAGGAGAGGGGGAAGGAGGGAUCUCCACAGUCCGCCGGGAGUGCCCUCUAUGCAGGAGCGUGGGGCCCUACGUACCCCUGUGGCUGGGGUGUGAGCCCGCCGUGUACGUGGAUGCUGGAGCACCUACGUACGCGUUUGUACCCUGCGGCCACGUGUGUUCAGAGAGGACAGCCAAGUACUGGGCGGAUACCCCGCUGCCCCAUGGGACCCACGCCUUCCGGCCCACCUGUCCCUUCUGCUCUGCCCCUCUCAGCAGCACCCCACAGGGCUGGACACGCCUCAUCUUCCAGGGCCCCAUCGACUAGCCAGGGCCCCCACGGAUGCGUUCCACAACUACUACGCAACAGUGGAACCAACAAAGUCACGAAACCAAAGGCCCAAUCCUAACUUGAGAUAAUUGUGUAUAACUAAUAUGAAUAUUUCUCCAAUUUACACUACAUCCAUGGUGAUGUUAGACAAGUGUGUGCACCUCAAACAUUUGUGUAAUAAUGUGUUAACGUCAUUUUAGGAUCUGUGCUGUAGUUUGCAUUAGGCACAUUUCUCUCAAGUUAAGAUUUGGCCAUAACAGAAUCUCCCUUCAAAAGCAAUAAGAACACCACUAUAGCAAAGCAUCAUUUUUAGAUAACCUCGUUUUAUGGCUA